GUUUGUGCAGCUUGGUCCGGCUUUUGGUUCUUGGCUCCCUGUGAAGCCGUGCCUGGUCCUCCUGGAGAUGCAGGUUACCGAGAAGGAGGUGCAGCAGUGGUACAAGGGCUUCAUCAAGGACUGCCCCAGCGGGCAGCUGGACGCCGCCGGCUUCCAGAAGAUCUACAAGCAGUUCUUCCCGUUCGGGGACCCCACCAAGUUCGCCACGUUCGUCUUUAACGUCUUUGAUGAGAACAAGGACGGGCGGAUCGAGUUCUCCGAGUUCAUCCAGGCGCUCUCGGUGACCUCGAGGGGAACCCUGGAUGAGAAGCUGCGAUGGGCCUUCAAGCUCUAUGACUUGGACAACGACGGCUACAUCACCAGGAACGAGAUGCUGGAUAUCGUGGACGCAAUCUACCAGAUGGUGGGGAACACCGUGGAGCUGCCCGAGGAGGAGAACACGCCCGAGAAGAGGGUGGACCGGAUCUUUGCCAUGAUGGACAAGAACGCGGACGGGAAGCUGACGCUGCAGGAGUUCCAGGAGGGGUCCAAGGCGGACCCCUCCAUCGUGCAAGCGCUGUCCCUCUACGACGGGCUGGUAUAGUCCAGGGCCCAGAGCUGGGUCGCCAGCGCCUCCGCUUGUCCGAAACACGGCAGCCGAACCAGAAACGGCUGCGGCCCUCCACACCGCCCCGGACUGGCUGCUUGGCGUGGCGGCCUCCUCCUCCCUGCUGGCCUGCGUGCGCUUUGGUUUUUUAUUUCAAAUGGACGUUUUAAAAAGAAAACACAGAACAAACCAAAACUACCUUCUGUUGUAGAAGACACUGACCGAUUUGGAGAAGGCCUCGGGACUCGGAGAACCUGCUGGGCCCAGCCGCCCUGCGCUGGUGGCCGCUCUCUGGCCUACCUUCAGGAUGUAAGGCCGCCGAGAGCCUGGGGUGGUUGCUGGUGGCGCCCGUUAUUUUUUGUGAUAGCAGUAUUGUGCUUUUGUGGGGAAAGUGAGGUUUUUCUAACCCGCGUAUAUACCUGACAUCCUUUAUUUAUUGGUUGUUAAUGUUGCUGCUGCCCCUGCGCCCCGCACUCGGGGGCCGCGGGCCAACAGUCGCGUGCCCACACCACGCUUGCUUGGCAGGUUCCGGCCUGCAGCGGCCAAGAAGCCAAAAACCACUUUUUUCCUCUUUUCAGAUACUGUGCUUGAUGUCUGCAGAGGGGGCAGGGGGUGUUCCCUGACGGCUCACACACUGCUCCCCUCUGCCCGGGCCCCUCUGAGCCCUCGUGCCCGCCUCUCCUCCUCUGCCCGCCUCUGGGUCUGGGACAGUUUUUUCUUUUUUAACUGAAGGACGAACAGGCAACACUUCCCAGUUCCCUCCCUCUCUCUGCGUUGGCAGCCGCCUGGGAAAAGCGGUCUGUCUCUGCAGGCAGCUUCGCAGAGGUCAAGGACGUCGCCGCUUUCUCUGGAGGGUGGCAGGAGGGCGCUGAAAGUUGUCCCCCGGUGCGCCCACGCUGCUUCCCGCCUUCCAGCUGCCUUCUGCAGGGGCCGCGCGGCGUCCUGCCUGGUGGCUCUGCGCAGGCGCUGGAGGGAAGGUGGGAGAAGAGGAAGUUCCUGCCCCUCACCGCAGACUUCCAGCUCCCCCGCACCUGAGUCCGGGAUGGCCCCGAAGUGUCCCCAGGAGCCUCAGAUGACCCUGGACGGGAGGUCGGUGGCCGAGCCUUCCCCCUGCUUGGUGACCGUGGGCAGUCCUGCGUCCUCUCAGGCCCCGGCUGCGCCACUGAGCAGGGCCGGCAGGGCGGCCCGGGACGGUUGAGCGUGAAGCCCCUUUUCUAGGUUGACAUUGUAGAUUCGGAGCCUGAGGUUCGGUUGCCUGUGGCUGGGAGGCUAGGCCCCUGCAGAUGCGGGGAUUGUCACAGUCGCAGCUCGGUCCGCUGUCUCUUGGCCCAAGCCUUCAGACGCGGCGCGGCCUGGUUGCUGGUGUGCGGGUCUGGCCGGGGCCGAGUGUGUCCGAUGACACCUUGCACCUCCCUGCAGUGCUCCUGGCCCCCAGCUCGCCCUCACCGAGGAGGCCCCAGGCUGGGAGUGGGCUCACUGCCAGGGAAGCGCAGGCUGUGGUGAGAGUUCUUGCUUCGGCUUGGUAAAGAGCAUGGUCCCCUGGGCCACCCCCAAGAGGGACGGAGCUGGCCUUUGGUCCUGCCAGGAGAGGGCCUCGGUCUCCACCUCUACCCCAGGAGGCCGGAGCCUCCCCCAUGGAUCAGGCAACGCUUCUGCCACGGGGCAGCACGGCAGCGCCUUCAGCUGCUUUCCGUCUCCACCGUCAGCCCCAGGGACAGGGAGCACGGAGGCCACCCCCAGGGGUGGCUUUGAAGGGCGGGCCGUUGGAGGCCCCUGCAGGCUGGCUUCCUGCUUGGCCACCAGCCGGGAGGUCCGAGCCUCAGCGUGGUCACUGCAGCGCUUCCACUCCGCUCCUGCCAGGACCCCAGGGUGGAGGGUGGCUGGAUGGCCUGGGGCUGGCAGGGUGACUGUGCGCCUUUUCCUGGCCGUCUCAGCUCUGCCUUGCAGAAGCCAUGCUGGCCUCUCUGGCCAGGUGGGAAUCACGAAGCUGCUGUCCAGCCUGGAGGCAUCGAGGCCAGGGGCGCCCGGCUCAGGCCUGUCCAGGGCUAGCAUGUGUUGCCCCCCAGCGGGCACCUCAUCCCUGGGACCCCCACACAUCUGCCAGGCACCCCCAGCACCCCAGCCUGGCAGGUGGAACCGCAGGUGUGGUUUCGGUCUUGGCAGGGGUGUCCUUGAGGACGGUGGCCCAGCAGGCCCAUGCCUCGGACAUACCUUUGGCUCAUGGCCUGAGACAGCCCCGAGCGGCCUGCAGGGACACCCCCUUCCUGAGGGGAGCUGGACGCUGGCUAUUUCCGCUCCAGGCCAACUUCUGCCCCUUCCUGUCACCAGGCCUGUACACGUGGUGGCAUGCCGAGUCCCGGGGCAGGCCACCCCCGAACAGCCCGAGGGCCUGGCCCCAGUGCGCUUUCCACUUGCGGCCCCACCCUGGGCGACGCCCCUCUUUGGGCCCAGGCCCUCCGUCCCCCCGCAGAGCCAUGAGUCCCAGGCCCCCGGGGGGCAGGGCCCAGCGUCUUCUUCAGCAUCUGCUUCCCACUUUGUGUUGAUGGUGACUUAGGAACUGUCACGAUUUUCCAAUAUUUAACAAGGCAACGUUUAAAAUAACAUCCAGGCGAAUGUAUGUCAUCUCUGUAUUGAUGUCUCUUCUGAAACGCUUUGUGGUUUGACAGCUGAUGUCCUAGACAGGAGUCCCUGGGCUCUUGGGGACAUUGUUUCUUCUCCGGGGGAGGAGGGAAGGACGACUGGGGACGUCUGGAGUCUCUCCGGAUGUCCUGCCAAGGAGAAGGCCUCCGCAUCUUCCCAGGGCAGGGUCCCCAUUGAGAGGCUGCAAGGGCGUGCAGGGGCGCCCCCUGGUGGUGACGGGCGGCGCCGGCGUCUGGGGGCCCAACCCCGCCCAGCAGGGGUGGAGGUGAGCUGCGGACGCCCUGGACCCCUGGGCCGCUAGAUGGGCAGGGUGUCGCCCAGGUGCCCUCUCGGAGGUCGUCCCAGGGGCUAGCGAGUCACUUGGCCCAGGGGCACUGAUGGGAAGCCUUGCCCCCCCCUCCCUCCUUUAUUAUUUUUUUAAAAUAUCUGCGGAAUAAACCCAAUGGUUACUUUUUGAAUGAAUAAAAGGCUUUUGUUGAAUAAACAGCUGGUGCCAUCUCUGUCUUGCCGCUGGCCUCCAGACUCCGGCUCUGUCUCCCCAGGACGGGCGGGACACGCCCUGCCCCGUCCCGCCAACUUCCAGGACUUGCGGGGAGGCCCUUGUGGGGCCUCAGUUUCCCCGUCCGGCACGGAGGAGCCCGGCCGCCUCCCAGGGCCAUCGAGGAGGACUCGCGGCCAACGGAGGGAGCAGGUGUGGCGCUGUGCUUGCUCGUGUCCUCUCCUGCUUGCUCCCCAGCUCCUCGGACUCUCCGUUCGGGGCGCCGUCCUGUCUGUGUCUCCGGGCGGGCGAGGGGAGGCCCCUGCCUGGCCGUGCGGGCCGGGGUGACGCGGCUGUGUCGCAUGCCCUGGCCGCCGCCUGCGCGCCCGCUGUAUGUCGUCCAUGUCACGCAAUUAAACACGCUUCCUGGACCUGUC